UGGCUCAAAACCACCAUGGAAACUACAUCAGAAGAGAACCAAGGGCAGAGCCAAGACAAAAAAGGUUGCUUCGAGUGCUGCAUCAAGUGUUUGGGCGGGGUCCCUUAUGCAUCUCUGGUGGCCACCAUCCUGUGCUUCUCUGGGGUGGCCCUGUUCUGUGGCUGUGGACAUGUGGCCCUUACAGGCACCAUCACCAUCCUGGAGAACCACUUCUCCAAGGUCACCAGUGAUCACGCCAUGCUGACCGACAUAGUGCAGCUGAUGCAGUAUGUCAUCUAUGGCAUCGCCUCCUUCUUCUUCCUGUAUGGGAUUAUACUGCUCGCUGAGGGCUUUUACACCACCAGCGCGGUCAAGGAGCUGCACAGCGAGUUCAAGACCACUAUCUGUGGGCGCUGCAUCAGUGGCUUGUUUGUGUUCCUGACUUACAUCCUGGGCGUGGCCUGGCUGGGCGUGUUCGGCUUCUCUGCCGUGCCUGUGUUCCUGUUCUACAACAUGUGGUCCACCUGCGCAGCCAUGAAGUCCCCCAUGGCCAACCUCACCAACCUGGACUCCAUCUGCGUUGACGUCCGGCAGUACGGAAUUAUCCCAUGGAACGCUACGCCAGGCAAAGCUUGCGGGUCCACACUAGGAGACAUUUGCAACACUAGCGAGUUCUACUUGUCUUACCACCUGUACAUUGUAGCGUGUGCUGGAGCUGGGGCCACCGUCAUUGCUCUGAUCCACUUCCUCAUGAUUCUGUCAGCAAACUGGGCCUACCUAAAGGACGCCAGUCAUAUGCAUGCCUACCAAGACAUCAAAAUGAAGGAAGAGCAGGAGCUGCAGGACAUCCAGUCACGCUCAAAGGAAUGCCUCAAUUCCUACACAUAAGGAUGACCCCCCCCCAGCCCCCCCACACACACACACACACACACAUGCAGCCGUCCCUCACACAGAAAUACUGCUCAUACAAUGACAUACACACACACACACACACACACACACACUCACACAUACAGGCACACUUACAUGUACCUUACAUGCAGGUUAGCUACUGGCUUCCCUGCUGGACCAAGAGAAAAUUCAGCUUCAAUAACCUGCCAACUGCUCUCAUUUAGUGCAGUACUAACAAUGCUCGUAACCAACUAACUCGUCAGUGUUGCUUUCUGCUCUAACUCAGCCUGAUGUGUGUUGGUACCGUUGAUUUCUGUUUGAUAUUUGAUAUACUUUUGUUCCUAUUUUUCUAAUUCUCAAAAAGAAUGUUUUUUUCUUGAUAGGCUAUUCUCUUUUCAUGUCUAAUUUUUCUUUCAAUAGCCCUAUGACCACAGCCAGUCUUUGUUGGUGAAGCUUAAAACAGUGCACUACACAACAAUUUUAAACAAGAAGGAAACUGGUUAGCAAAAUGUGUUUUAGACUGUGGUGUUGUUAAUAUAGACCUUAUGUGGGAAGUUUAACAGAGAACAUCAUGUUUUGUUCAUGAUAAAAAUAAACUUUUGUCAUCCUUUUUAGCACAGCAUGACACGCCUUAUAAAGCCACAAACAGUAUAGAGUGCAUUUUAGACAUUUUGCUAUUCCUCAAAUAAAGAUUUGUUAGGUUUAAAAAUAUGGUCUUCCUGUAUCAGUGUUGACAUUGAAUUGAACAAGGUGCCCAUUAGUUAGAUGUGACCCUAAGCACAAACCUCCAAGCAUGAAAAAAGCUGCAAGAGACAAGCGCCCUGAAUGAGAACUACCUCAGGUGUACAACAGGGAUGGAACAUUCUUUACUUGAGAUGACCACUUGCCCAUUUCAGUGGGCGAGUAAAACUGUGGUGGUUUGAAUGGUUAAUUUAGUUUUUUUUGUAUUCCUGGAAUUCCAAGUACACUUCUUAAGAACAUUGGUGUGAAGGUUACUGUCACAAGACUGGGGGGAAUGACAGGCGAGAGUCUUAAAAAUCUACUAUUCAACUGACACAAGUAGUAUUUCUUCUUGAUAUGGAUACCAGGGGCGUAGCCUGAAUAUUUUUGGGGGGUUGGCUUUGAAAAGUAUGGAUAGGCAUCUUUUUAGAUUUUUACUUUGCGAUGUACUCCCGCUGCAUCAUUCUUCAUAUAUAUUUUCGUUUUUGGGUGGGCCUUAGAACAAAUUGGAUAGGCCUGUGCCUACCCAGGCCUACCCGUGGCUAUGCCUCUGAUGGAUACUGUAAGUGGAGAGCACAGAGAAUAACACUAGAACUGUAGAACAGUGGGAUUUCACUACACCUCCAGAUUAAUACUUUAAUCUGAUUAAGAUUAAUGUCAUUGGGAGAUGAAAAACGAUAUUACAAAACAUUACUUCAUGAGAGUAACUACUGUUGAGAGUCUAGGACAGGUGAGGUUUGUUUAUUCUACAUUUAUUAUGAGGUAGAGAAAUUAAUAAUGCUUGCUAAGUGUAGAGUAUUAUCUUCCUCAAUACAUUCCAAAUUCCUGUUGGUAACUCAAAGUGUCUCUCCCUAUACCUGCAAAACACAAUAUGCUUACAUUUAAGUUUGUUUUAAAUUGUGAUAUAUAAAAAUGUUUUUUUUAAGAUGAAUUGAUUUUGAUUUACUGUGCUUUGCUACCGCGGAGGACCUUAUAAUUCAGACCGUGACAUUUGUGUGAAUGUUAACUGCUCCUUAUUCAGACUGAGCUCUGAUGUAGUGCUAGUCUGGAUGUAGAGCUACAACAUAGUGCUUGAGUGUACUGUACAAUGUAAAGAUGUUACAAGUCAGGAAUUGUUUUUGUUCAACUUUUUUUUUUAAGAUAUAACCACUUAAAUUGUUUUUAAAUCUUGAAUUGCAUUUCAGCAAUGUUCUUGAUGUGCAAUUGUUAAUACUGAUCUUAUUACUGAUGUAAUCUUUUUGUUUGUUUGUUAGGUAGAGGAUACUUACAGGGAUAUCUUGAUGUUAAUUCAUUAUUGCAUGAAGGAGACAACAGUUUAUGCAGUGAUACAGUUGAUGUGUAGUCAUUUGUACUGACAACUAUGGUAGGCAGUGUUUGCCCUUUUCAUUUUUUAUUUUCUAAUAGAAAAACUAAUUAAUCCAUUGUCUCUCUAUGGCAUAGUAGUUCUAGGUGUUUCCUAGUUUCCUUUUUUCCAAGUCAAAAGUAUAUGAACCCUAUAUAGUAUUUUCUAACCUUAUAGCGUACAUUUUCGAUGAGUGUCAAGGGCUUCCUCGUAAAUUUAUUUCUGGUGAUGCUUUCUUCCUUCACUGAUCCUGUAAAUGAAUAUUUUUUUGUCAAAACACCACCAACAUUUGAUUGGAAAUGGCAAUCUGAAUGAUGUAAGAUUCAGCCAAAGGUUUCUAGGCAACUACAUGUCUUUAUUGCCAAUGUCUUGUUAACAGAUAUCUCUGAGAUAUUGUACAGCAGAGCUUCCGAAUGCAAGGGUAUACAGUGGCCUACAGGAAGAUGAUGUAACUUGAAUGACAUCACUGCGUCUCAGUGCUUCCUGUGUAUAGUACCAAAAAGAAAAUAAUCAAAAUGGCUACCUAUCAAU